CGAAUACACAUCUCACUCUCUGCUCUACCCUUCCACAUAAAUUGUGCACAGCAAUGAUUAUGGUCUCUUCUGCUCUGAUGUUUACUUCUUUUUUUUUAAGACUUCUUCAUGGCUAGCUGUUGCGUCACUUUUGCAUCUUUCUGCAACAUUAGCUUGCUAAUUACUCUUCCUAUUACUAAUUACUUCUCAGUAAUUGCUACCGAGCAGUUCUCUACAGUGCGAGUGAGAAUUGCUGAAGAAGGAUUGCGAUUUUUCAGCAAAAUUGCGCAUUACAUCGUUGACAGAGAAAUAUGGCAUAUAACACUUCCACAAAUAACAAUUCCAAUCGAAGACGGACCUGGCACUGGUGAAGUGAAUGUAACUGAGCUCACAUUGCGAGCAUUCAAGUCACCAAUCUUUUCAUUUGAAUUAGCUCCACCGAAUGGUAUCAUUUGGCAAUCUAAAGGUGGAUCGGUGACACAGGAAGCUGUCUGGUUUGCUGACUACUAUUUCAUCGCUCCAAUUUAUCUCUCGGGAUAUGUUAAAGCGAAAAUGGAUGACAUCCGUGUUUAUAUGCAAACCAAUUUAUUAGUUCGAAAUGAGCGUCCACAGAUUGAGAUCACUGAUUGUUCUACGGAUGUUCAGCAACUUUACGUGUACAUUACAGGAGGUGUCAUACAAUGGGUCGUCAACUUAUUUAGAGCGCAAUUAGCUUCUGUAAUCAAGCACACCAUACAUGAGAAAAUGUGUGAUGUCAUACGCAAGACUGUUAUUGAGAUCAAUGCCGCCUUAUUAGCAUUUUCUACUCAAGUUAAACUAUACAAAAACCUGUAUGUGAGCUAUUCAUGCAAGCAGAAGCCUAUAGUAACGAGAAAAUACAUUGAAAGUGAAAUGGUAUUUGAUGUAACGUACGGACAAGACAGAUGUACGCUGCCGACUGAGCAGAUGGAUGACGAGGUUGGUUCAAAGAGACGAAUGGCAUAUAUUUGGGUAUCGGAAUACAUACCGAAUUGUUUGCUGAAAACUGCAUAUAAUAGUGAAAAUUUGACAUUUACUAUAACGCCGAAUACCAGCGCUGGUCGAUUUGCAAGCUUUUUGAGAACUGACUGUAAAUUGUUUGCAAUAUGUAUCGGAAAAUUUCUCCCAACUUUGCGUCUGCUGUAUCCCAAUCGGACCACUUACCUUUUAAUUCGAUUAGCUGAAACUCCGUAUACUGUCAUUGAUACAAGUGGUAUACGAAUAUUCGCAAGUUCUACCGUUGAUUUACAUUUAUCAUCUGAGAAGCAACAAUCGCACAGAUUAGCUAGACUUGUGAUGAACUCAACAACUUAUACGUUGCCUGCAAUCUUACAGAGGAAAGUUGUGGGUACUAUCAGUAAUGUUACAAUAAUAUUGCGUGAGCACGAUUCAACUAUCGGACAUUUCAAUGUUCAGGUGCUCGAAUUUUUAGAAAAAAUAAUGGCAAAAGGUGUGAAGUUAAUUGGAGGAACGGCACUUAAAAUUGGUAUACCACUACCUCUCGUAGAUGAUGUGACAAUCGCGGAUGAUGCCCAAAUUGUUACCAGAAAUGGAUACAUUCGUGUUGAUUUUGAUUUCACUUAUCAGUAA